GACACAUCAGACACAUCAGCUAUGGGAUACAGUCACAGAGCACAGAAGGUCACAGCGGUACACAGACCAAACUCGUACGUCAGUCACCCUGAGGUCCCGGAUGGCCGGGAUGACAGCUGGCUUGUCCCUUGUGUCUGCUUUUCAACGGUGUCAAAGUUCCCGGCCACGGAUAGAGCAUACGAGAAAGGGUGAAACGGCGAGGCGGAAAUAAAGUUUGCAACAAUGGAUCCGUUGGGUGCGAUGCAAUCAAUCAAUAUCCAGGAUUCCAGUUCCCGGCACUCGGGGGGUUUCGCGGUACGGAGUACGAUGGAUGGCCUUCUGAUUUGGGGGAAUUUUACCGAGCUUUGGCACGACUCCUCCAAUCCCGACCAGCGUCAUCAUGGACGGAGUAUUAGUCACAGCUGCUUCCACGUUCUGACUUGACGCCCGGCACUAGCAGUUUAUUUUUUUCGUGACUAGCGCCUAUACGCAGGGCACUUUGAUAAGAUCUUCGCUGGCUGCGAUGGGAGCAUAGGGCGAGGUGAGAGGCCCACCAAGAGAAAGCUUCAAGAUGACAACAACUAUGUACAGCCAAUAUGAACAGCUGCUUAGAAGCUGACACUGUCAUGAUAUUUCCAUGAUUUUCAUUGGAGGCCUCUUGCCGUUUUAUUCAUCGGGAUGGAGCCCGUGGAAGAAACACUAUGUCGUUGUUGGGUCAGGUUAAUUGCGGGGUCGCUCCCUAGCUCAAAGACGCCGGCUGGCAGUACAAUAACACUUACAUCACCUCUACCACACUUUUGGCUUUCAUAUCAACCUAUCAGAUGCCCGCCUUGUAUGUAAAAAUGCAACACCCAAUGCCGAGAAAACCGUUCUGUCGUUAUCACCGAGCCCCUAACGGCCAAGGAAUUCUUUGCUCCAGUUUAAGCCGCGACAGAGUGACCAUUGAGAGUUCAACACAACACGCAAGGCUGCUUGGCGUUGGCACAGACGGAGACCCAAGUCCCAAUCCACACAGCCCCCUAAUCUAUGAACCCCUCAUCUUAUCACGAGAUCCAUACUGAAAACUUUAUCAAAAUUCAAACUCUGGCUUCUUUAACUCUAUUGUUUCGACUCGCAAAGUGGUAGACAAGUUCUAGGGCGACUUGAAAACAAAACACCACCAUCAUGGCGCCCCUCGCCAGCGAGCCUCGCCAGGUUCUGCACAUCCUCAACCACGCCAAACGCAGAGCUUUUUAUGGCCUCCUCAUCGAGAUCACAGCCUACAUGCGCUCCCAGCUCGAGCUCAAGGACCUUCCCGCAUUGCAUGUUCAUGACAGGCCGUCUCCUCUGCGCAUUGACCCCAACGCCCGAGGGAGCAGCAUCAUCGACGAGGAGCCGACACUAAUCCAAGUGGAUAACCGCAACUUUGUCACCCAACCCAACCAAGAACUCGCCCGGAUCACCGCCGCCGCGCUUGAGCAUUUUGACAAAUGGAGAGCAGAGACAUUGACCAAGCUUAAGGAGCUUCUCGCCGCCCAGGAUGAUGCCAAGACCAUGGAUGAGAGGCGGAAACGGACCGAGAGGAUGAGGCAGAGGAAACCUGCGCCGGCAGCAGCGGAAGGGAGUUUGAUUGACUUCGGUGGAGGGGGUUCUUCAUCAGUGAGAGAUGAUGAGGCAGUUCGGAGGGAGAGAGUGACACGGCUUCAGCUGCAUUGGCAUCCUAUUCCCACAAGGUUGACCACCAUCUCAUAUGAGGACAGAUUGGAAAGUCUGAGUUGCAUACUGCUGGAGUUGCUAUCCACGGGUCAUUACACAGCUGAGUCGAGAGCUUUGGCUGUGUAUCUCGCCUCGGCUCUUGAAAUUCCGCUGGAUGCCUUGAACGACGAGGAGAUUGAGAUUGCAAAGGCCAUGGUGGAAGGGUCAGAGGAGGCUGCCAAACAGCAGAGGACGAGGACCAUGUCCGCUGACGCUGAAGCCAGGAAGAGGCAGCAGCAAAACCAGGCUGGCAGGUUUCUGAAAGUUGGCUUGGCGUCUGUUGCCGGAGCUGCGCUUAUAGGAGUUACUGGUGGACUUGCUGCGCCAGUCGUAGCUGGAGCCAUCGGAGGUCUCAUGGGUACUGUUGGGCUGGGUGGUGUUGCGUCUUUCUUGGGCAUCUUCUGGAUGAAUGGAGCCCUCGUGGGCGCUUUAUUUGGUGCUUUCGGAGCCCGCAUGACGGGUGAAAUGGUGGACAAGUACGCCCGAGAUGUCGAGGACUUCAAGUUUAUUCCGCUGGCAGAUGAAUGGGGAACCCGAAAUGCAGCAAACAACAAGGACGCCAGGCGCUUGAGAGUUACUAUAGGCAUUAAUGGCUGGCUAACCACCAAGGACGACAUCACGAAACCGUGGCGGCAUCUCUCCGACGACGCCGAAGUAUUUGCGCUUCGGUACGAGCUGGAGGCUCUUGAGGGGCUUGGCAAGUCUCUUGAGGAACUCGUCAACUCGUAUGCCUGGAACACUGUCAAGAUGGAAAUCCUGAAGCGUACAGUCUUGGCAACUCUCUGGGGAGCUUUGUGGCCGGCCUAUCUCCUUUCUAUGGCUUCGACAUUGGACAACCCGUUCUCUCUCGCCAAGAACCGGUCUGAAAAGGCUGGUGAAGUGCUGGCAGACGCCCUGAUCAACAAAGUCCAGGGUGAACGCCCAGUCACCCUGAUCGGAUACUCGCUCGGCGCUCGAGUUAUUUACUCGUGCCUACGCUCUCUUGCAAAGCGUCGAGCCUUUGGUCUUAUCGACUCUGUCGUCUUCAUUGGUGCCCCUGUUCCCUCGAAUAGAGAACACUGGCAGAUGAUGCGCACCGUAGUGUCCGGUAGGAUCUACAACGCCUACUCCGAAAACGACUACAUUCUCGCAUUCCUAUACCGCACCACAUCUGUUCAAAUGGGCGUGGCGGGUCUUCAAGAGAUCGAACACAUCGAAGGUGUUGAAAACCUCAACCUCAGCGAGGAGGUUCAGGGGCACAUGCGCUACGCAGGCCUGAUCGAAAAGAUACUCGCACGCUGCGAUCUCCCCGUAGGCCAGGGCGUAGACAAGUCCAUCGCCAAAGAAGCCAACGACACCAUCACCAUCGCCGACCUCAACAACCGACCAGACAACUCUGGCACCCUGAUCGAUUUGGAAGACCUCAAAAUCUCCAGCCCUCCACAACAACCCCGGCGAUCCAAACAAGACUCGCCACCCCCCUAUUCCUACGCCCCUUCCCCCUCCACCCAAAACACCAACUUUGCCAAACUUCAAUCCCAACAACCUUCCAGACCCAAGCAACAGCAAACCAGCACCACCAUCCGAAGCUGCCCCAUCUGCAACCGCAACAUCUCCACCUUGUCAGAAUCCCAAGCCACAACCCAUGUCAACUCCUGCCUCGACGGCAACCAAGGAAUCCCAUCCCCAUCCCCAACUGUCUUCCAACCAGGUCGCCACCCCCUGAGAAACAACCAACCCCAAAAACCAACCAUGACCCGCAGCAUGACCUCGCAUCUCCAAACAGAAAUGGACCCCUUCGGUCUCUUCUCCCCCUCCCCACCCCCAGGCCCGCCAUCAAAACCCGCCCCUCACAUUCCCGCCCCUCCUGACGCGUCCAGGUUCCCUAAUCUGGUGAAUCUGGAUGAUUCCAGGCCCCCGACGAUCACCAGGGCGCAGACUGUUCCUGCGCAGCCGUCGACACUGGCAAGGUCGGAUUCCCCGCCUAGGGUGAUCCCCUUGGCUGCGGCGUCAACACCGGCGGUAUAUGAAUCCUCGCAUUAUCAGGGGAGGAAUUAUGACACCGAGGAGGAGGUCGACACAGAUGAGGAGUAUGGAGGGGGGAUCAAGAUGGUGGAUAAUGAUGAUGAUGAGUUGGAGUAUGUUGAUCCUAGGCCUAUGGAUUGAGUUCUCAAAAAGCGUAGUCUCGCACAAAUGGGUCAAUAAGUAUGUGUUAGGAACAUGGCACAAAAGACAGCAUUAGUGAAAGUAUAAGUAACAAUAAAGGAUACUCCCGGCCUUUUGAUUAUUACCAGGGUGUUUUGCCUAUGAAAAGCAA